AUGUACCGAAUGUGUAGUGUAGUGACGGCGGCUGCGGACGCGCUGCGCGAGCACACGCUGCGCGCGCGCAACGACUUCGCGCAGGCGCUGCGCGUCCACGCGCUGCACGUGCCGCCCGAGCUCGCCGAACACUUCCACGUGGAGGCGCACACGCCGCUGACGCUGCGCGCGGGCGCGGCGGGCGCGCUGCUGCGCCUGCGCCUGCGCGCGCGGCCGCCCGCCGCGCUGGCGCUGGCCGCGGCGCUGCGCGUGCACACCGACCUGGCGCACUACGACCUGCCCGUGCGCCUCUACAGCGGGAAACUCAUAUUUGAGUGGGACUGGGUGAACGCCACGUCGGAGUCGCUGGAGCUGGGCACGGUGGGCACGUCGUGGACGCGGCGCGUGGGCGUGCGCCUGCGCAACCCCGCGCCCGCGCCGCUGUGCCUGGCCGCGCUGGGCGCCGCGCUGCCGGGCGCCGCCGCCACGCUCACGCUGGCGCCGCCGCGCGACUGCGUGGCGCCCGGCGCCUGGGCGCAGGCCUGGCUGGCCGUGGUGGCGCCGGCGCGCGAGGCCGCGCUGCGCGGCGCCGCCUUCGCCAACACCACGCUGGCGGGCGCCGUGGCCGCGCUGGCGCUGCGCGUGCGCGCCGGCCACGUGCGCGCGCGCGCGCUGCGCCUGCCGCCCGCCGCGCCGGUACGA